AUGUUCACCCGGCAUCUGCGGAGGGCAUUUUUGCCGUUGUUAAAAGAGCAGCGAAACAGCCACGGAGUGCCGUUCGCCAAGAACACCCGGGCAUUUCCGAUUGCCGGUCGGCCAGCGCCGAGAUUUGUGAGUGCUGAGGAGGCAGUGUCUUCAAUACCGUCGGGCGCUCACAUCUACAUCCACGGCCACGCCGCGACACCCACCGAACUUUGCGAUGCGCUAUGUGACCGGGCGCUGAGCGAUGGAUAUAAAUACAACUUCUCGCACAUCAUCCUCUCCGGCAACGUCAGAUGGGGCAAGAAGGAGCUGUACGGCAAAAUCAGGUCCAACUGCCUGUUCAUCUGCGGGUCGAUGCGGCAAGCCGUCAUCGACGGGGCGGCCGAUUAUACUCCAGUUUUUCUCGUCGACAUUCCGGCGCUGUACUAUGACAAGAUUGUGCCUGUGGAUUAUGCGCUUGUAUCGGUAUCUCCGCCAGACGAGCACGGCUACUGUAGCUUGGGAGUUGAUGUGGACUGUACGAGCGCUGCUAUCAACAGUGCCAAACACAUUAUUGCCCUCGUCAACCCAUCAAUGCCUCGCACCUUCGGCGACGGCACCGUGCACAGCUCCCACUUCUCGGCCAUGGUCAAAACGGAUCGACUGAUUUACCACAAAGCCGUGCCCGAACAAAUCGGCGAGGCCGAGCAGAAAAUCGGCAAGCUGAUCGCCGAAAACCUUGUUGAGAAUGGGGCUACGCUACAGCUGGGUAUUGGCGGGAUUCCGGAUUCAACGUUGGCGUCGAUGAAGAAUCACAAGGACCUCGGCAUCCACACCGAAAUGAUGUGCGACGGGAUUCUGGAUCUGCUCGAGUCGAACGUCAUCAACAACCAGGCCAAAGCGUUUAUGCCCGGAAAGAACGUCGCCUCAUUCGCCUACGGUUCGAUGCGCUUCUUCCAGCACGUCAACAAUAACCCGCUUUUCCAUUUCGCCUCUUGCGGAUGGACGAACCACCAGGACAUCAUCCGCCGAAAUUCCAAAAUGACGGCCAUUAAUGCGUGUAUUGAGGUGGACCUCACCGGCCAGGUCGUGUCGGAUUCGAUCGGCGAGCGAUUUUAUUCAGGCUUUGGAGGCCAAGUCGACUUCAUCACCAACGCCUGCAAAGGGUACGACGGACGGGGAAAGUCCAUCCUGGCGAUGACCUCUCGGACUGAGAAGGGAAGACCGAAAAUUGUACCCACAAUUGCGCAGGGAGCCGGCGUGGUGUGCACCCGAGCUCACACGCACCACCUCGUCACCGAGUACGGCAUUGCUAGCCUUUUUGGAAAGUCGGUGAGGCAACGCGCCUAUGAGCUGAUCAACAUCGCCCAUCCCGACGACCGGGAAUCGCUAGAGAAAGAAGCCUUCAAACGCAUGAAAGUGAUGCCCUCGAGAGAAAAU